AUGACCUCGGUCCUCGCCCGCCAGGCUCAAUUGUUCCGCAUCCAUAUCCGCACCUUUUCCUCGUCGUCAGCUCAAGCCUCGCGCCUCCGCCAACCAGGUGAACCCACGGGCCCCAACGAGCCCCCAACGCAUAUAUCAGCCCCACGGUCCAAGUCGCCGUUAAAGGUCUGGCCCAUAGUCGCCAUCUUUGCACUCGGCACCUUUCUCUUCAAGCAAAUAGUCGACCAGCGCAAAGGCGAAGGAUAUCAGCCCAAGGGACCCAUUCAAGGCCAUUCACCCAGUGGAAAAGGCCAACUCCCCGCCCCUCGGCGCAGCUCUCCCAUCUGGUCCAGCGACCAGGUCACCGUUCUCUUUGUACUUGGCGGGCCAGGUGCGGGAAAGGGCACGCAAUGCCAGAAGCUCGUCAGCGACUAUGGCUUCAAGCACCUUUCGGCUGGUGACCUGCUUCGCGAGGAGCAGGACCGCCAAGGUAGCGAGUUUGGCGAGAUGAUCAAGACGUACAUCAAGGAGGGUACUAUUGUACCCAUGGAGGUUACGGUGCAGCUGCUGGAAAAUGCUAUGCGCAAUAGCAUAGAAAGUGGCAACAACAUGUUCCUGAUCGACGGCUUCCCACGAAAGCUCGACCAAGCUCACGCAUUUGAACGCUCCGUCUGCCCAUCCAAGUUUACGCUCUUCUUCGACUGUUCCGAGGCGUCCAUGGAGAAGCGGCUGCUGCAGCGUGGCGAAACCUCAGGUCGUGCAGACGACAACCCCGAGAGUAUCAGGAAGCGCUUCAGGACCUUUGUCGAGACGAGCAUGCCUGUCGUCACUGAGUUCGAAUCGCAGGGUAGGGUAAUCAAGGUCAAUGCGGAAACGAGCCCCGAUGAGGUAUACAAGCAUGUACAGGAGAAGCUCAAGGAACGUGGAAUAGUGCCAGUGCAAAAGUAGAUGGUGGCACAGCAAAUGUAGUAUAUCUGUGUUGCAUUGUCUAUCUUGCAGCUCGAGGGCUGCUGAUGAUAAACUAGGAAAGCGUACGAGCCGUAAUCCAUCCAUCCGUUCCGUCCCUAGUCGUUUUUGAAAGAAAGAAACGCUCCCUAACAUGCUGUGUCUCAUGUCUACCUUGGUCUAGACUUAGUCGAGAUCAUCGUCCAUGGUCCUCUGCUGCUGCUGCUUUCUCUGUCCACCUCUGCCGCCGAAGCGCGAUGCCAUGUCGGCCUUUUGGUCGGCCUUGUUUGCCUCAUCCUCCUUUUCCUGCAAGAACCUCUGCUUUUCCUGUUGGAUGACCUGGAGCACACCUUGUAGGCUGUUGCGCCACAAGUCUAACCUUGACGCUACCUCUCUCCAUUGGUUGUCGCCAAAGACACGGUAGGUUGAGCGGUGGAUGAGGAACGUCUGGUUGAGCUGACUGAGCUUGCCCUCGACAAGACCGGCACGGAUCACGUCAAUGACCCACAUCUCAACGUCCUCCGAGGGCACCUGGAGCGCCUUUGCAAUCUUCUCAUAUGGCAGCGACCGUGUUUGACCGGCCGAUGCAGCCAUGGAAGCGAGGCUAAGGAGGCGCAUCUUGCGGUUCAGUGCGUUUCCGUCGAGACCAGACUCUUCUACCCAGCCAUCAUGCUCGUCCUUGAAGUCGUUGAAGUCAUCGAGUAGAUCCGAGUUGAAAAUCUCAAGGAGCUGGAAGUAGACGGGGUCAGAGUU